CUCAGUGAAAACUGUGGUAACUGGUGUACAGCUGCAGAGAUGCACGACACAGAAAAACAAGGAGAAAACGAGGAAAUGGAAAGACAGGACAGAAGAGGAAAGUGACAACUGAAAUUAAUAAUCUGAGAUGCUUCGACAGACCGAGGAACACCGUGUUUGUUGCGGACUUUGGAGAUAAAACGCAGAAAGAGCAUCGGGUCCCGGACUGAUCCGAAUACAGGGGACGGGAGGGGUCGAUCAUGGGGAACGAAGCGAGCCUGGAAGGAGGCGAAGGGCCGCUGUCUGGGCUACCGGAGGGGCUGGCACCUGACGGGAAAGGCGGCUUCGUCCGGGUCCCCGGUGGGACUCCGGUCGACCUGAGUGAACUCACCGAGGAGCAGAGGAAGCAGCUCACCGCGGCGAUGUCAAGGGCGCAAGGCAGGCAGCCCGGAGGCGCAGCAGCUGCACGAAGACCUUCAGAAUCUGAUGCCCAGCAGCGACCUCAGCAGGUAGGGGCCUCUAGGGGCCCUACUGGUCUCAGUAAGAGCCGCACUGUUGAUGCUUUCAACCAGGGUCCUGUUGGUAAACCCUCUCCAGGCCGCAGUCCUUCAUCCCUAAGCCUUUUUGAAUCCAGAUUUCGACAGGAACCAAAAGAUCCUGACACCAAAUCCUCCGGCAUGUUUGGCUCCAGUUUUCUCAGUGGGGCUAACCCCCUCAGUGCUGUGUCAUCUAUGACCUCCUCUGUCUCCUCGUCCAUAUCGUCCAUGGGCGAUUCUGUCAACAUCCCAAAGUUUGGGCUUUUUGGGGAUGAGGAGGAGGGAGAUGGAUCUUCAACACCAGACGCCAAGCAGGGAGGAAAGCCACCAGCCAAGGGGCCUCAACAAGGGCCAGGUCCAAAAGGACCACAACAGGGUGGACCCCAAAAACAGGGACAGGGUCCACCUGGGCAGGGGCCAAAACCAGGUCAAGGUCCCACUGGACAGGGACCAAAACCAGGUCAAGGACCACCUGGGCAGGGACCCAGGCAAGGUCAGGGACCAACAGGUCAGGGACCCAAAUCAGGCCAGGGUCCUCCUGGCCAAGGCCCCCCAGGGCAACAGACACCUAGACCAGGGCAAGCACCACCAGGUCAAGGUGCCAAACCGGGUGGCCCUCCCCAGCAAAAGGGUGGACCCCCACCACAAGGACCUGGAAAGCCUGGACCUAAACAGCAGGGACCACAGGGCCCUGGGGCUCAACCUCGUGAACCUGCUAAGGGUGGAGGGCCUGAUGCUCAGCAAGGUCCUGGGAAGUCUGGAGGUGCACUUUGUCCACUGUGUAAAACUACCCAGAUGAACACAGGGUCGAAGGAACCACCUAAUUACAAUAACUGCACUGAGUGUAAAAACCAAGUCUGCAGCCUCUGUGGGUUCAGCCCCCCAGACUCAGCGGGCAAAGAAUGGCUGUGUCUGAACUGCCAGAUGCAGCGAGCAAUGGGAGGUAUGGAUCCCCCCGGCAUGACAAAGCCCAAACAAGGCUCGGCCCCGCCGUCACCACAGAGACAGGCAUCUGGUAAACCUGGCAAGCUGCUAAUAAAGCAGCAGAGUACCACCGACCAAGGGUUAACACCACCAACCACACCUCGGCAGAAGUCCCCAGGUCCUACAUCUCCAGGGCCGCUUUCCCCAAGCUCUUCGAUGACAGGAUCCCCCAAAAUUGACCCUAAGACAGGACGCCCUAUUCAGCAGAAGUCUAGUCCCCAGCAGUCUCCUGCUAAACCCAAACAGGAGUCCAGUUUCUUUGGGGGUUUAGGUGGUAUCAGUCUCGGAGGCUUGACAGACACUCCCAAAUCCCCUGCAGGUGCUUCACAAAAUUCCGAGUCUGUUACAGGGAAACUGUUUGGUGGGUUUGGUGGGCUGAUGGAAUCAUCAAAACCUCAAGCACAGAGUACAGCCAAACAGGAGGAGUCUGUGGCUGGGAAGUUGUUUGGAGGUUUUGGAGGUUUGACUGAAUCAACAAAAUCACCUGCUUCAGCUUCUCAGAUGUUCAGUUUUGGAUCGUCCCUCUUGAGUUCAGCCACCAACCUCGUCACCGGAGAGGAUGACAAAGCAGCAGAUACUCCACCCGGCUCGCCGCCAGACUCUGAGGCUGACUCCGGACCAGGUUCCCCUCCUGACUCCCCUUUCUCUGCUCCAGGGUCUCCGCCUGAUUCAGAAUCUGCUCCUGACACCCCACCAGCCAAAAGCAAGAAGCCCCCCAGGUCUAUUUCUGUGGAGCAGGAAGAGAAGGCUGCUGAAGCCAAACCCACUCCUGCUUCAACCUGCACAGUCAAGGAAAGCUGUCCUCUGUGUAAAGUGGAGCUGAACGUGGGAUCAGCUGACACACCCAACUACAGCCUCUGCACCGAGUGCAAGAAGACAGUGUGCAAUCUGUGUGGAUUCAAUCCCACUCCCCACUUAGGAGAGAAAGAAUGGCUUUGCCUCAACUGUCAGACCCAAAGAGCCAUGUCGGGUCAGCUGGGAGAGACAUCACCUCCAGCCAUGGCUUCCCCAAAGAAACAGCCACCUGCUCCUGUUCCCCCUACAACCCCUACCCCUGCCUCUGUAGAUAGCAAACCUGUAGUAGAAGCACCAGCACCUGACACCAAGGUAGUACCCACAACCCCUCCCACAUCUGAGAAUGCCAGUGUUAAAUCCCCACCUCCUAUUAUUAGUCCUCAGGAAACACAGCCAAACGAACAAAAACAGACACUGCAGCAAGAAUCUCCAGUUUCAGAAAGUGUAGUUGAGAGUACCCCUGAAAUAUCAGCAGCUCAGCAACAGCAGAGCAGCUCAGAGAAAGUAGAAGACUGUCCAAACCCAGAGACAGAGCCAGCUAAUUCUGAGCAGCAAAUGCAGAGUGUCAGUGCCAGUGAAAUCCCAGCAGUUGAACAAGAGCAGAAGAGCUCAGGGGACGUAGAAGACCACCCUAACCUUGAGACAGAGCCGUCUAACACUGACCAACAAAUGAAGAUUGCCACUGUCAGUGAAAUUCCAGAGGUUCAGGAACAGCAGAACCUCUCAGAAAAAGUAAAGGACAGUCAUAAUCCAGAGAUAGAGGAGUCAUCUAAUGCUGAUCAACAAACACAGAAUGUCACCAUCAGUGCAGAUGUUCAGGGACAGCAGAACAGCUCAGAGAAAGCCACAGAGGACCAUCCUAUCCCCAUGCAAAGUGAGACGCAAAAUCUAUUGAAUACAGCUUUAGACAAUACAGCCCUCACAGAGACAGAGCCAAAUCCCAAGAUUAGUCAGGUUGAAGCAGCAGCUCCCUCCAAAGAUAAUGAGAAAGUGGGGGCCACUCCAGAAAAUCUUUUAGAAGUGACAGCAGUUUCAGAUGAGCCAAAGCCUGCCUCAGUUCCUGAAGUUGCCACACAGGAAAUUAAUAUUCAGCCUUGUCCAGUGCUUGACCAUAUAUCUACAAAUGUAAAGGAGGACAAAGUAAUAGAAGGGGAAUUUAUUCAGACAAAUGACAAACCUCAAGUUAAUCCACCAGAGCAAACUCAAGCAGAUACAGCUGUUAAUGUUGACAAUGCAAUGUCAUCAAAAUGUGAAACUGAAACCUUAGCAUCUGACAUCAAGAAUGAAAUUAAUGCAGAAAUGAAGACACUGUUAGAACCAACAACAGAGAAGGGACAAACAGCAGAAAAUGCUCCCCAUCCUCCAACUCAGGCUGCCGAGAGUUUAACUCCUGUAGUGCCUGUUGACAAAGAUGAGGUCCUGAAAAGUGAUGAAAAAGUUAGCGAUAACGUUAUUGUUGAAGGUGAAACAGCUAAACAGGAAAUACUUCAAAAUAGUACAGUGGAAACAACAGUUGAAGUAAAACCAGUAGGGGACAUUACUGAGGGGGAAGCUUGUGGAAAGGAAACUACUGACAAGAGUGCGAUUGAGAAGACCGGAGCUGAGGAUAAAUCAUGUGAUGGAAAAGGUUUUGAACAGGAUGGAGCUCCGAUGAAUGCAGGUACAGAGAAGGUUACUGAGGUGACAGCUGUAGAGAGAGGAGCUUUUAAGGAAGAGGAAACUAAACAGAUAACAGUUGAAGAAAAUAACCAGGCACUUCCUGGAGAGGAAGUUAAUAAAAUACAAUCAAGUCCAGCACCCUCAUUAACUAAAACAGAAGACAUUAGUCCUGUAAUAGAGAAAAUAGAUGCUAAAGUAUUGGGAGAGGAAGUUCCGACUAUAAAAACUGAUGAGCUAUCAUCAGUUGAGAAAAAACACUUUGAGACAGCCUCACGGCCAGAUGAGUCAGAGGCCAAUGAAAAACCUGUGCGUGAAGCAGACAUUUCAGCACUCAAUGUGGAAAAGCAGACACCUACAUGUGUAGUGUUAAAAGCAGAAGGUGAACCUGAGAAAGCAGAGGUUGGAGGUGUUCCGAGUUCUCCUGAUUCUAAUAGGCAAGAAAAGGUGAAUGUCAAAGAACCAAUUCAAAGUUUACCACCCUCAGCUGUCAGCUCUGAAACACAAGUCACGCAUGAAGCCUGCGAGGAGAAACUCAUACAUGGCGAGGCAGACUCUGGCUCAGGAAAUGCAAAUAGUACUGCUGAAAGUCAACAUGAAGUAAAGAAAGAUCUGUCAACUCCAACAGGCUGUGAUGCAAAACAGCUCGAGAAUGUCACUGAGCAAAAAGUGUCACUCACAGAAAACGAUGAAACUUUUGACAAAAAAGCGGUUGAGUCUCAGCCUGUUGCCGGCAACAUCGAGGAACCUAAUUCAGCAUCAGAGCCUAACGUAGUCUGUGAUAAAAACAGCAGCGCAGAUUUUGAUGCAGGAGACAACACAAUAACAAAGAAUGUGGAAAUACCAAAGACAGUUACUGAAAAUGGAGGUUUGUCUGUAUUAGAUGCUUCUGCCCCUGUAGCAAAACCUGAUUCCCCUGUCUCUGAGCAGAACAGUGGCUCAAAGGAGGAAAAUACUAACAUGGAGGAGAAAGUGGAAGAUAAGCCUCUGGUAAAAACGAUGGAGACAUUGAAGGAGCCCGGAGAGACAGAGAUGGUUGCCAAGGUGGGCAGUCCCACCAGCCCCUCAGAUUUGGCAAAACUAGAGAGCACAGUUCUUCCCAUUCUUGAAGCACAGGCAAGCACACAGCCUAAGCAGGAAGAGGCAAAGUCCGUUGACACUCCGAAGACAAGGCGUAAAUUAGAGGUACUUCCUCUCUCACCGGACUCGCCUAGCUCAGAAGAUGACAAGGAACUGUCAGACAAGAAUACCAAAGGAACAACAAAGAAAAAGCUCCUUAUGCCCACAGAUGUCAGGGCUGAUUCACUAGAUGAUAGCAGUGAAAGCUUUGGAAAAGAGAGUCCUAUGUCAGGGGAGGAUGAGGAAUUUAUACGAAAACAGAUCAUUGAAAUGAGUGAGAAUGAGGACGCUUCUCCCUCUGAUGAGGAAAACCUUAUGCGGAAAAAGAUCAGAGAAGAUAAGAAGAAACAAACUGAAGAGAAGGAAACAGAAUCUGUUGAGAAGAGUGUGUCAGGAAAAGCCAGGCGUCUUACUAAGAAAACCACUAUAAGCCCAGAUAAUGAAGAAGAUGUGAAAAUCCAUGGCUCAUUAGAUAAACCUGAUAUAGAUAUGGAGGAAGGAAAAGAACCAAAACAAGAAGAUAGUCAAAGUGGCACUGCAGUUCGUAAAUUCCAAACUAUGGAGCUGAAUGCAACCAGCAGUCCGAUGCGGAUACCUACUGCCGAUGGAGAACCAGAGAUGGAAAGCCUUACAGACUCGCCAGAUGAUCGGUCUAGAGGUGAGGGAUCAUCCAGCCUACACGCAUCCAGCUUCACUCCAGGUACAUCUCCAACAUCCCUUUCCUCACUGGAUGAAGACAGUGACAGUAGUAGUCCUGGCCAUAUUCGCUCUGGUGAGGGUAAACAACAGAGGAAAGCCAAACACAGACAACCUGGCCAGGUGCUGCCAACUAUUGAAGACUCUUCUGAGGAAGAGGAGUUACGUGAAGAGGAAGAGCUGCUCAGGGAGCAAGAGAAACAGAAGGGCUCAGGGAAAAAAUCAAAGAAAGACAAAGACGAUAUUCGAUCCCAGAGGAGAAGGGAGCGUCCAAAGACACCUCCAAGUAACCUUUCUCCAAUUGAGGAUGCUUCACCCACUGAAGAACUGAGGCAAGAAGCUGAAAUGGAGGAAAUUAGACGAUCAUCAUGCUCUGAUUUCUCCCCAAGUAUUGAAUCAGAUCCUGAGGGUUUUGAAAUCCAUGCCUCAAAGAUUGCAGCAGUCCAAAAGACCUACCAACUGCCUACAUCUGUAUCUCUUCACUCCCCAACUGAUGAUCAAAGCAUAAAUAAAACAGAGAAAAAACCUCUCAGAUCUGCCGACGAAGCUUAUGAGGAAAUACUGCUGAGGGCCAAGUCUCCAACAACUGACAAAGGUGAAAUCCAAUCAGAAAAGGAGUCCCUUUAUGGAGGCAUGCUCAUCGAAGACUAUGCCUAUGCAUCUCUUAUUGACAAUUCUGCUUCUGAUCAGGGAGUGCAAGGGAAGAUUGUUGUUCCAGCUCAACCAAAAAAGCUGAGGUCACCAGAUGAAGUCUAUGAGGACAUGAUAAAGAAGAGGAAGGAAUUCAUGCAGCUGGAGCAAGAAUACCAAAAUAUGCAGCCAAAACAAGUAACCACUAAUCCUGAAAUUGUUUUACAAGCUGCUGAGAAUAUCCCCAACAACAGUAGCACAGUAACAUUAGGUAAAGAUGGGAAGCCAUUGUUGGAUGCUGAAACUGCCUAUGAAGAGCUUAUGAAAAGAGUGUUGACUCCUGGAACCAGUCCAACUCAGCAGGAGCCAGAUGCGGAAACAGUUGCACCUAGAAGGGCACUCCACCCAAUUCCAGACUUAAAAGUUACACAGUGUUCAUCAGGAGAGCUGUCCUCUGAUGAUGAGAGUAUGUUAAAAAAAGAAGAGGAGCCUUCUGCAACAUCAGACCAGGGACCAGCCAUAAGUGAUCCUGUUACAGCCAAUUAUGUGUCUGCUCCAUCAUCUGACUAUGAUCAGCAGCCUCAGACCGCCAUCACUUCAUCUUACACUGAUGUUGUGGACUUAUCUGGUGUGCUCCCACGAACAUCAGCUCCUGUGAUGACUAACGUAUCACCCUUGCCCACAGUUCCCCAGUACACACCCAGUAUUCCCAGUGUGGUGUCCACUGCCCCACCUGUUCCCCCCAAGCCAAGUGUCUUGCGCAGGGCUAAUUCUCAGGAAAAAGCAGAUGUACCUGUUGCACCUCCACUGCCUCCCCCUACUGCACCAAAACCUACCGUUUUCCCCAGAAAAGCUCCAGUUCCACUUCCAUCUCAGGCUACAGCAUCUCCAGGAAGGCCGGAGACAGUGGCUAUGACUAUGGCCCAAGGUUCACCAACAAGACAACCAGUUACACCAACAUACAAACCUCAUGUUCCACCUCCUGUUCCCCCAAAACCAUCUAUUCAUGUAGGGGUUGGAGAGGGCCACAGACCAGCACAUGGGGUGAAACCACCAAUUGCACCAAAACCUGGCUCACAGCCACCUUCACCAGCCCAUGCUCCACAUCCACCAAGACCUACUAUGCUUCCUACUGGCCCUGCCGACACAGUCCUAAAUCUGAGCCCCUCUUCUGAAAGUAAGCCAUUUCAACCAUCACCAAAGUCUCCUACUUCUCCAAGAUAUGCCAGUAAUCUUCGUGACACAUAUGUGGUCAUCACACUGCCAUCUCAACCAAGCUCUCCAGUAGAUAGUAUUUCAACCCAAGCUCCAUCCAGUCCCGGUCCAGCAUCUCCUUCACGCCAACCUCAGCCUGCAAGUUAUCACCAACCACCACCUCAGUCAUAUCCACAGCAGCAUCCACAGCAAAACAUCCCUCAAACAACCAGGGUUCCUCUGGCUUACACACGAGUGACAGAAUCCAUAGAAAGCCAAGAGAUCUGUGGCCCAGAAAAACACGUGUCUAGUUCUUGUCAUAUAAUUGAGGCUAUAUCUGCAUCAGCACAGCCACCAGUGGUUAUGCCUAGCCUUAUCUCUCAAGUUGUCACCACUGAAGUCCAAAGAACUACUGUCUCUGUUGUUCAUGAAAGGACACCACCCCCAGUGCCAGCCCCAAGGGCAAAUGGUGUCCCUGUCUCAAUGGAGAAACCGAAGCCCCAGUUACCACCACAAAAUGGACAGGCCUUCCAACCUUGUGAAGUGGUAGAUCUCAGGACUAUGAAGGUGGACCUAGAAUCAGACAUGAAUGGUGUAGAUCUGUCUGCUGGCCCAGACUCAAGACGCCAGUCCUUUGCACCUGAUGUUAAUCGUCACACCAGUGCAGUGCAGUCCCCUGUGGUUAACCUCAGCGCUGAAUCUUCCACUGUUUCUGUAGUGACUGACAGCAUUACCAUUGUAACCUGUGCUGCCACAAUUCAGCGAUGUGAUAAUGGAAUCACCUCUCAGGUGUCUACAGUGCCCCUGCAGCUGACAAAAAAUAAAGCUUUUGAACCUAUUUCUCAAAUAAUAUAUCGUCCAAUUGAUUCACAGCCAUCUACUCAUACUAGCACAGAAAUCCCUGUAAAUCUUUCAAUUGGAUCAAGCACAGGUGGAGGACUCUUCCAGACUGCUCCUGUCACUAUUGCACCAACAUCUGUUGCAACAUGUGUGGCUAAUGGAUUAGCUACAGGUACAUCUACAGUAGCAGGAGCCGUUGACCUUACUACAACAAAACCAUUCAACACUGUGGUCUCUGUUGAUGCUGUCUCUACAGAAGUAGUCACAUCUGUAAUCACAGAUGAUGAUGGCAAACCAGUGGAUCUGACUGCAGGAAAACGAGCAGUCUGCUGUGAUGUGGUGUACAAGCUACCAUUUGCAGGAAGCUGCACAACUCAGCAACCCACCACACCCCUUCCUGAAGAUCGUUUUGGUUAUCGUGAUGACCAUUACCAGUAUGAUCGGACACCUUAUGGCAUGAGAGGGUUUGGUGGAAUUAAACCAUCAAUGUCGGACACAAACCUGGCAGAAGCUGGGCUAUUCAUUUAUAAGAGUAAGAACAGCUACAAUUUCAAUGGUACCACAGAAGGUGCAGUAGAUCUUACCUCAACCAAGAUUUCUGAUGCAGGUGAAGCUGUUGACUACUCUAAGAAAGGAGCAUAUGCAGGAUUGACAAUACCACCUUAUUCCCAAGCCAGAGUCACAAGUGCUGUUGGUACUCUUUUUGGUACAAGCAAUGUCUUGAGGUCAUCAAAUGGGGUGGUCUAUUCCUCUGUUGCAGCUCCAAUCCCAUCUACAUACGCCAUUACCACCCAACCUGGGUCAAUCUUCAGCACUACAUACAACACCCUCUCAGGUAUGCAUACCAGUGACACAAUGCCUUCACUCUCCAACCUUCAGAACUUGCCACUCACUCGGUCGCAUAGUUUCCUUUCCACUAUUUCCACUAUGGAAACAGAAGAACACGGAGAUGCCCCAUUAAAUCUAGAAAUCUCUAGAGGCGGUACUGUGACUACUGCUGAUGGUGUCACCACUGGAACAACCUCACUGUCCUUGGACACUUACACUGAUGCAUCCCUGGAGGCCAUAGCUGCCUCACUGGAGGCUCUGUCCUCACCCAUGGUUCCUGGGGAUGGCCAGUAUCAAGCAGAACGUGAAAGACUAGAAAUGGAGAAACUCAAACAACAGCGUCUGGCUGAAGAAUUAGAAUGGGAGCGUCAGGAGAUUCAGCGGUUCCGUGAACAUGAACAGCUCCUGGUGCAGAAGGAGCUUGAGGAGCUGCAGGCCAUGAAACAGCAGAUCCUAGCUCAACAAGAAGAGGAAAGACAGGCUCACCUUAUGAUGCAGAAAGAAACUUAUGCCCAACAACAACAGCAACUUGAGCAGAUUCAGAGACUCCAAGAGCAGCUUCGUUUGCAACUAGAGGAGCAAAAGUUCCGUCAGAUGUAUCCAGGUGGAGACGUACCAGGGCAUGGUGUGCAGGAGGCACUUGUCUUAGGACCUGAUGGGACAGUGCUGGCUAGAAAGAUUACAGAUAGUGGGUGUCAAACAGAUGAAGAGGAUGAGACAGUCAGCAAAGCUUACACAGCUGGGAGAAAGAAGAGAAGUGCUAAAAAGAGUGUUGACAGUUGUGUGCAGACUGAUGAUGAAGACCAAGACGAAUGGGAAGCUCAGACCAGAAGCAGACAAAGUCGGCCACGCACUGCCAGGGGUGACAGGGGUGGGCAGUCAGACAUGGCUCUUCAAGCCCACACAGAAAUCUCAAUACAAACUGACACAGAGGGGAAUAUUAUAAUGGAAUCCAGAAUGGAGCUCUCUGACUCUGAAAGGACCUCACCAAAGAAACGACCCACUCCUUUAGAAAUAGGCCAGUCUCCUAACCUUAAAGCUGAGUCCUCCACACUUCAAGCUCACCCAAAAUCUCCCAAAGUGCUCUAUUCUCCUAUAUCCCCUUGUAUAUCCCCUAGCAAAUCCCUUGAGUUUGUUUCCUAUGAAAAAUCACUUGGUGAUACAAGUCCACAAAAGCUAAGAGGAAGUACAGAACCAUCAAAAGCCACUCCUUCAAGUCCAAGGGGAAAAGCCAUGCAGAGAUCCAUGUCUGAUCCAAAGCCCAUGAGUCCAACAGGAGAAGAGAGGGCAACAUCUGGCACGCAGUAUGGUGAAGGUUAUACACAGGGCAAAGGCUCAGGUGGCACACCAACAGGCACUCAGAAGAAGGUGAAGAGGACCCUCCCCAAUCCACCGUCUGAGGAUGAGUCCACUACCAGUGGCCAGACUGCAUACAAUACUGGUUCUGCUCGCCGAAGAAUGUGCCGCAAUUCCAACAUGGCACGUGCCAAGAUACUACAAGACAUUGAUCGUGAAUUAGAUCUGGUAGAGCGUGAGUCCUCUAAACUCCGUAAAAGACAAGCAGAGCUAGAUGAAGAGGAGAAAGAGAUUGAUGCAAAACUUAGGUACUUAGAAAUGGGCAUUAAUCGAAGAAAAGAUGCUCUGCUAAAGGAGAGGGAGAAAAGAGAAAGGGCUUAUCUACAAAGUGUUGCAGAGGACAGAGACUACAUGUCAGACAGUGAGGUUAGUAACAUACGGGAGACAAGAGGUGUGCAUGGAGAUGGAGAAGAUGAGGAGAUUGAAGGUCAUGGUCUUGAACGCCCCAGGACAGCACCGCAGUCAGAGCUAGAUGACUUUGUCCCACCUCAAACCAAGCACGAGUAUGGGAAAUAUUCACAGUACCAAUAUUCACAAAGCCAGUACCAGCAAUCUCUGUACCAGACUCCCCAAUCCUACCAGUCACACUCUAUCUACUCUUCUGUCCCCUCACUCACUAGCUCUCAGCAGCAGAGUUACCACCAGAUGCUGCUACUGCAGCAGAAGGCUGCUAGACAAGCAGCUCUUCUCUCAGAACUGGAUGCAACUAAAUAUGAUGUCAUCAGCCGCCAGCCUGAUCCCACUUCAUCAGCUUACCUAGGUGUCAAGUAUGACAAAUAUGGUAACCACCUUGACCUCAGAGCCUUGGAGGUAGGAAGUAUCGCGGGUACACCUAUGUCAACUGUCUCUGAUUCAUAUUACACAGAUGUAGAUCACCACACACCUAGGAGUUACAUGCUACUGGAGGAUGCUGCAGAGCUGGCUAAGGGCUCCACAGGUCUUUCAUCAUCGUAUAGUUUGGCAGAGAGGGAGCUGGCUAAAGCAGAGAAGUUGCUACGAAGGAGUGCUGCAGAUCUGGGGUCUACUGACUACUUAGGAUCCACUUCUAGACUACAUACCUUCGGAAAGACCCCUGAUGAGGAGGAUUCAAUGGAGGAGCCCUAUGAACUAAAACUCCUCAAGCAACAGCUCAAGCAAGAAUUUAGGAGAAGCACAGGUGGUACUGAAAACUUGGAACAACUGUCAGGCCUGUCCCAACACUACUAUACUCCCACCACUGGCAUCUCUAGUUAUUCCCAAAGACACUAUCCAAAAUCAGAAAAGUACAGUAUCAGUCGACUUACAUUGGAAAAGCAGGCAGCUAAACAACUUCCAGCAUCCAUGUUGUAUCAAAAACAUAAGACGCCAAUUUUGGAUCCUAAGAUAUCCUCAAAGUAUUCUUCUAUAACAGACGGCAGGGGCCUAGACACAGACUAUACCAGCUAUCUGGGGUCUACCAGUGGAUCCCCCAGAUCCAGUCGUCUCAUGCAAGAUGAAAUUACCUUUGGCCUUCGUAAGAAUAUUGCAGAACAGCAGAAAUACCUGGGGUCCACCUUGGGUGCUAACUUGGCUGGAUCCUUAAACUUAGGUCAGAGCUUGGGUUUGGACUCUGCCUAUCCAAGUGGUAGUCGCUCAAGACCAUCAUCCAGGCCUACAUCUUGCUAUGGUCUAGAUUUAUCUAUCAAAAGAGACCCUUCUAGCUCAUCUCUCAGGCUCAAAGGGGAUGGUGAAGCAUCCGGAGACGUACCAAGUUAUCAAACUCCCUCUGGUCGCACCAAACCUACCAGUCUCCCUAUUGUACAAAGUGGACGUGGUAGAAUACCCAUAGUGGCUCAGAACUCUGAGGAAGAGAGUCCACUGAGUCCUGUAGGACAGCCAAUGGGCAUGGCCCGUGCAUCAGCAGGACCUCUUCCACCCAUCUCCGCUGAUUCAAGAGACCAGUUUGGUUCCUGCCUGUCCUUACAGGACUCUCAACAGCAGCAAAAUAUCAGGGAGGAGCCAACCAGGGGUAGGGGUUAUGUGCUGCUGGAUGAUCUUCAGGGUACCAUGUCAGAUAGUGAAGCCCUAAGUGAUUCCCUGAUGGCUUUGAACAGAGACGAUGCGACCAAUGCCUAUCACCUCAGACGAGAAGAGACAGACUGGUUUGAUAAACCUAGAGAUGGACGGACAGAAAAUGGACAGGAGAAGAGACAGGGAAAAGGCCCUUAUUACCCCUUCCCUCACCUCAGGGUCAAACUGCAGAGGGACCCCAAAGACCGCAGUGUCUCAGGAAAUGGUCUGGGUAUCCGUGUAGUUGGCGGUAAAGAAGUUCCUGGCAGUAAUGGAGACAUUGGAGCCUAUGUUGCUAAAGUCUUACCUGGUGGAGCUGCAGAGCAAACAGGAAAAAUUCUUGAGGGAAUGCAAGUCCUGGAGUGGAAUGGUGUUCUUCUGACAGGGAAAACCUAUGAAGAGGUACAAGGGCUUGUUGGACAGCCAUGUAAUGAGGCAGAAGUCUGUGUUAGACUGGAUCUCAACAUGCUAGCUGAGUCUGAGGGUUCCCAGCACUUGGAUUUCCAGGAGCACAGUAAAGGUGACAGACCUCCCAGGUCUCCAGGUGUUGACCCCAAGCAGCUGGCAGCUGAGCUGCAGAAGGUGUCCCAGCAGCAGGCCCCAACUGCCUCGUCCACAUCCUCUGGCUUUCCCGCCACCACAUCUGCGACCUCCAGCCCCGGUCAGCCAGGUUCACCUUCCAUCAGCAAGAAACGCCACAGCAGUAAGACUGCAGAGGGAACGAAGACCCAGUCCCACCCAGUCUCUGGAGAGAUUCAGCUUCAAAUCCACUACGACAAGCAGCUUGGAAACUUGAUCGUUCAUGUCCUGCAGGCCAGAAACCUUGCCCCACGGGACAACAAUGGCUACUCUGACCCAUUUGUUAAAGUGUAUCUGCUACCAGGGAGAGGUCAGGUCAUGGUUGUCCAGAACGCAAGUGCUGAAAACAAGAGGAGGUCCAAACAUGCAGGCAAGAGUCUCAACCCCGAAUGGAACCAGACUGUCAUCUAUAAGAAUAUUCAUCUGGAGCAGUUGAGGAAGAAGACCCUGGAGGUCAGUGUGUGGGACUACGACAAGUGCUCCUCCAAUGAUUUCUUAGGAGAGGUCCUUAUUGACCUGUCCAACACCGCCCAGCUGGACAAUGUGCCACGGUGGCUCCCUCUAAAGGAGCAGAGUGAGGGAGACCACCACAGGCGCUCCCACUCAGGCCAGAGCCGACACAGUUCCUCUAAACCCUCCUCACAGCAUUCCUCCCCUAAAACCACCGGCUCCACCCACGAUAAUCAGGAUUCCCCCAAAUCAUCUGUCAUCAAGAGCCGAAGUCACGGGAUCUUUCCAGAUCCGGCUAAGGACACACAGGUGCCCACUAUCGAGAAAUCUCACAGUAGCCCUGGCACAUCGAAGCCUUCCCCGUCCGAGGGCCAGAGCCAAAGCCACGGACACAGCCAACACUCUCGUUCACAUGGCGCUUCUCGCUCCAGCAAAAGCGCCGCACGGCAACACCAUCAGGACAGCGGCACUGGAAGUGGCGGAGGCGUUGCCAUAGCAACGGGCGAUGCCCCACAGCAGUCACAGCAGCAGCCACCGCAACGCCUCCAACCAAGCCAAAGAGGCCGCCUUUCUCUGAGGCACCAAAGACACAGCGUAGUAGGUGUGCUCACCAUUCAGAGAACCCAGUCUGAUUGGCUGCCUGCCCUGCCAUCGGUUGUAUCAGCCAAAAGGAACACAGCAGACGGCAGACACCUGACCCUAAGGAAGGCCUUGUCUGAAGAGAGGCCACAGAGCAUCGGAGCUCGGUCAAGCUACAGAUCUGGUGACGCCCCAGUCACAGCCGCCUCAUUGGACAGCGGUCUGAGCGGCAGUGCUUACAGCCUGUUGGACGAGGAAGGAGAGACAAAUGAGGUGGACAGUGCCAUCUUCCAAGUGCCCCGAUUUGGAAAGAUCCCAAAUGGCACAGAUGUGAUGAAAUCGAUGGGACACGGUGACACUGACGGUAAGUCCCAGGUAAUGGGGGAGAUAAAGAUCGCUCUGAAGAAGGAGAUGAAGACGGAGGGUGAGCACCUGGUCCUUGAGAUUCUUCAAUGUCGCAACAUCACCUACAAAUUCAAGAGCCCAGACCACCUGCCUGACCUUUAUGUGAAGCUCUAUGUGGUGAACAUUGCCACUCAGAAAAGGAUUAUCAAGAAGAAGACCAGAGUGUGUCGUCAUGACCGUGAGCCAUCUUUCAACGAAACCUUCCGCUUCUGUAUGAACCCUACUGGGCAUUCUCUACAGCUGUUUCUUGUAUCCAAUGGGGGCAAGUUUGUAAAGAAGACUCUGAUUGGCGAGGCCUACGUGUGGCUGGACAAAGUUGACCUUCGUAAGCGAGUGGUGAGCUGGCACAAGCUGCUCGCCAGCACUGCCCAGAUCCACUCAUAGAAGGAGAAGAAACCAGCUCGGGGCAAAAAGAAGAGAAAGAACAUUUUGGGACGUUUAGGUUCAACAUGUGUAUCACUGAUCUAAUCUUCUGGGGUCGGGGAAAAGGAACAUUUGGUCAGGGUGGGUGAAAUAUCUCUUUCUUCAGUCUUUAUUUGUACAAGUUGAGUUUUUUUCUGAGAUUAGGAGAAACAAACAAAAAAAAAAGAUCUGAUAUGAUUUUUAUAAUACAGAAAGACUGGAGGAAGUAGUUAAUGUGUUUACAGGAAAUGAACACAUGUUUACAGGAUGUGCAGUGUAGUGUAGCCAGGAUCGAAUUCAGAGAGUUCAAACGUGGAAUCAACCAGGUAUUUCACACUUCAACACUAAUACGCAAACACACACACAUACACACACACAUACACAUAUAUGAUCAUUUACAACACCUUUGCAUGCAUUCAUUCACUCAACUCAACUCAGACAACUCAAUUUUAAUAGAUACAGGGAAUGGACACACUUGUAGAUUCUAAUUUAUUUACUUAGAUGUUUUAUCCAUAAAAAAAAGAUUCUUCUAAAGGAAUCACCGCAUCACUUUAUUAUGAUCUGCAGAGUUUUAUUGAUUUACAAAACAUUUUGGGAAUGAAAUAUUGAAGACUCUAUUACGGAGACCUCUUAUUUAUUUUUCUAUUACAAUGUUAGCAGGAAUAUUAUUUGUCUUCUCAAUUAUUUAAGUACUUAUAUGUAUCGUGGGAAGCAUAGUAUAUUUUGUAACACACUACCUAGCAUUCCGGUUCAAGAGAAAAGAAAAUCUCUGAAGGCAUGUUUUUGAAUUUAUCAACAAAAACAUCCCCUUGUUCACAUUGGACCCCAUCUUUUCUCUCCCUGAGUGUCAUUUGCGUUCUAUCAAAUAAUGAUUAUUAUUUGAUAUAGGAUUAACACUGAUAUAUAUAUAUAUCUCAAAUUGGGUACUAUAUAUUGUGCGCAUGAGUCUAUCUAUUUGGUAUGGAGUGCCACAUGUUCUGCACAAAAAACACCUCUAAGGUUCACUUUGUAUAUAGUGAAAUAAAAUGUUAUAGCUGGAGAUGAAAACAUAUAUGGAUAGAUAUAUAUAUAUAGAUAUCUUUAUCACAGACAAUCGAGUGUUCAUGAUUGUGACAUAGAGAUUUUAUUUAUCCAUGACCCCCCUUAGAAUGUGAGGCAUUUAUUAGACAUAUGAGAUUUAAACAUUUUUCUGUUUUUUAUGUUAUGAGAUCCAAGCACAUGACCAGUCUUACUUCAGUCCUGCUUUUUGGAGCAGACAGCAACAUGCUUUUGUGGUAUUUUGCACUUUUCUGCUCAGAAUGUAAAACCUGCGUUGUCAUCCUGCUUUUAAUGAGAUAGCCAGAGAUGUCUUUUAUCCAAGGUGAGGAAUUAGAGUGAAGCAGUGACAAUAUCAGGAGAUACUGCAGCGAACAAAUAUGCCAGAAACUGUUCUCAUGUUGUGAUCUGAAAACAAACUUUCCACAGAGAAGCGCUAUAAUCUUUCUAAGAAAAUAUAGUGCCGUUAAAGUAACAGGUUUAUGUUAUAUACAAGCUUUCUUUGUUUUCAGCAUCAUAUUUGUGAUGUCUUGUGUUUUACCAGUCACAUCCUGAAUCCUAAAUGUUAAGUGUUUUGAAAUCAAUGAUUCCCAUUAGAUUUUGGAAAAGUUCAUUUUCUGUGAAUGCAUGGAGGUCAAGAGGCAGGACAGUGGGUUCAUUAUUAUCACUAAUGUCAAAUUUUGCAGUGAAACUAUAUGUAAUAUCUAACUGAUUUCUAUGCAACAUCUACAAAGAGAAUAACUCCAUCUUGACUUGCCAGAAACGUGACACUUUGUGGGAGAGGAACAUUUCCAUCUGUCAAAUUUAUAUACAUAUUUCUUGCACUGCUGCAUUUUUUUUUCUUUUUGGUAUGGUUAUUGCUUUAAUUAUUUAUUGUAUAUUUUAUCUAUUAUUUUGUAUUUCUGUAUGAUCCUUUAUUUAUUUAUUGCCUGUGAGACAAUUUCUUAUGUUAUUUUAUAUUUGUUUACAGUACAUAUCAAGUGUACAUAAAAAAAAUUGAGAAAUUUUGUUUUUAUACACAAAGUAGUGCUUGUUUACAAUGUUUAGAGGGCCUGAAACUCAGAGAACCAACUAUAUUUCCUUCAUGCACGACUACACUCACAUAAGAAUAUUAACAAAUAUUUAAUUCCUCAUAGCUUUGACUUAAGAUAAAAUUACACAUAAGAUUAUCAUCUUUUUAAUGCACUUACCCUUUGGAUAGUUUCAUUUUUCCAAUAUGUCUAUAAGAAACAUCCAAGAAAAAAUAUAUAAAAAGAUUAAUGAGAAUUCUACAUGAAAUACUGAAAGUUUAAAGGUCAGUCUUUUUUUUCUGUUUUUGUUAUUUUUGUACCCAUGUGCUUGUUUGUGUAGCAUACUCAUAUCAAGUCCAUGCAUGUCAUUGGCUUUUAUGCAUAUCUCUUCUUUUAAGUGUUGUCUGUCUAAAAAUAUCAGUCUGAAAUUUCUCAUGACACUUAACACAAAAAAUAACACAUAGUCACACACAAAUGCCAUCUCUCUAUUUCAAACCUUGUAAAUACAUAGCUUUUUUAUACUGGGGUUUGGGAGCAAUAGGUCUUACAGCGGACAGAAGAGGUGUGUGAUCAUAGAACUAACAGGACUUUGUUUUUCUCUUGAUCAUUGUACAGUGGAUAGGCUGAGAAACGACCUAUGUCUGUCUUAACGGACCCCGAUUUACCCAACCCUUCACCAAACACUAAAGGUUUACCAGAGUCUAACCACAAAGAAGUCUAUCUUAACAACUCAAAGUAGUUGCAGGAGAAAUUAAAUGUGCUCACACUGGAUGUUGCAUGUUUUGUUGGUGGUUCAUACUAUUUUUGUGUCCAGAUAUUAUUAAAGAAAAAAAGAAUGAGGUAGAGACAGAUAUAGAACAAAAUGUUAUAGAGGGGGAAAUUUAUUGAAAUUAUUGAUGAUAUUGUAUGCUGAGUGUACAAAGAUUAUGCUUGUAAAACCUGUCUGGUUUUCACUUGUAAGUAAACAGAAAAAAUAUACUGUCAUGGUUUUGUGAUUGUAUACAGGAGGUAUUGAUAAAUUAUGCAAAUUGUGCUGUAAAAAUGGCUGUUGCCCCAUGUCUAACUAUUAAAUAUCAGUACAAAUGA